AUGUCUUAUCAUAAUCAUAUCGACCAGUCGAAAUCAAAGACGCCCAGGAAACUCGUCCUCUGCUUCGAUGGUACCGGUAACACCUUCAGCGGAUCGAGUGCCGACACAAACGUCGCCAAGUUCUUGGGCAUGUUGGACAGAAAUCAUGCCGAGCAGUUCCACUACUAUCAAACCUCGCUGAUAUCAGAGAUAGCGGGUAUUGGAACGUACGGCAUCAACGAGACCUCCGUGAACAAGACAUGGUUUGGAAAUUUGCAGAGCAAGGUUUCCAUGACCAUUGAUCAAGGGUUUGGGACGACCUUUGACGCUCAUGUCAUGGCUGGCUACCGUUUUCUCAUGCGGUACUACGAAACCGGCGACAAGAUCUACCUUUUCGGUUUCAGCCGCGGUGCCUUCACGGCGAAGUUCCUAGCCCGAAUGAUACACAAAGUCGGGUUGCUGUGCAGAGGCAAUGAAGAGAUGGUUCCUUUUGCAUACUCCCUAUACCAGCGAUAUCUCGAAGGGGAGAUCAAGGAGAAAGAAGAGAUAUCUUGCGCACAUGAUCAGGAGAGGGGCGAAGCAAAGCCGCUUUUACAAGAGCACGAUCACGAUUACACAUACGCGAAGAACGAGCUAAUCGCCUUCAGCAACACUUUUUGUCGGAAGGAGACGCCGAGCGAGUCGAACCCCAGCCGUAGUUGCGGCUCGGAAGAGCUGGUUAACGUCAAGGUAUUCUUCCUGGGGAUGUGGGAUUGCGUCAACUCAGUUGCGGUGUUGGAGAAGAACACAACGAUCCCGCUUUCGGUGAAGGGAACGGCGACCCACGUUCGCCACGCCGUCGCCGUCGACGAGUUCCGCGUCAAGUUCAAGCCUGCCCUCCUCGCCCAGGAUAUAAAGACUGGUAACUUGAAGCACGACAGCGUUAAAGAAGAUAUCAAGGAGGUCUGGUUCCCGGGUAACCACGGCGAUGUUGGUGGGGGCUGGCCUUCGGAGGCCGACAACCUGCUUGAUCUCAACCGAAAGAAAGACAUGUCACUUUCGCAACGUAUCAUGAAUUUCUGGACGAGCAGGAAGUCCAACGGGCCAAGCUAUGACACGGAAAAUGACCGGUUUCAAUUGAGUGACAUCCCGCUUGCUUGGAUGGUCCACGAGGUCGAGCUCAUAGGAAAGCACAACGAACCGGCUGGUGUCAAAUGGUGUCCGAAGGCCAAGUUAGACUUCGUUGAAAGGUUCAAGAAGAUGAAGAGUCAGAAACAGGCUCACAACGGGUUUAUUCAUGACCCGCUGCGUUUUGGUUUUGGCUUGGGAUUUUUCAAGGUCUUGAUGUGGAAAUUACUGGUUCGCUGGGAACUUGAAGGAAGGGACUGGAAGAAGAAGCAGUUUCCCCUCAACAGAGGCAUGCCGCGCGACAUUCCUCGCGGCGCCCUACUCCACAACUCUCUGAUCAGAAGGUUGAAAAAUGACGAGAACUAUCACCCCACCAAUAACCAUGGAUCUACCAAAGAUGGUAAAGAGCGGAAGCCUUGCUUGAAAUUCGAAAGAAUGAGGCUUGUCGAGAACCAGGAGGAUGCCGAUGCUGGCCAUCAAACUUGGAAGUUUAUCAAAACGGACGACGGUCACAAAGAUCAGGUUCCGCUGGAGCAUUUGCACACGCCCUGGAAAAACGGAAACUCGGUGCUGUAA